UGUCCUUGUUCUUUGUUGUCACCCAAGAAACAGUAUAAAUAUGCUCAAUUUAUACGGAACCGCUCAUCGUUUUCCCCUGAUCGCUGCCAUUCUUUACCAUGGCGAAGUUUGAAACGUCUCCACCUUGGUACUCUUAUUUCACUUUUUCCAUCGAUGUAGCGGCCACUCUGCAGAUGUACUGUGACGGAGGCGACGAUGCUAUGCUGCAAAAACUAGAAGGCCUGCAGGAUAGGAAAUAUGCUGGUUAUUGCUUCUACUACGAAGCUUCGAGUGAAGAGGACCCCAAGUAUUAUACUCUCCGCAUCCGACCAGUGCAACAGGGCCUCACGAAGUCUCACCCAAGGAAACCUCAGCAUGCGCGGCCUACGAUGUGUCUUCCUAUCUUGCCAACAACGGCCCAUUCGAAGUUGAGAGAACCUAUGGAGCUGUCCAAGUCACUGCCAUGGGACAAUUGCUAUCAUCCUACCUGCUACGAUCUUUGUGCACGUAUACCAGCAGAACAGAAGGACUAUUCCCAAGCACCGUAUGUGCGUUUUUCCCGCCAGCUGUCCAAAGCCAUCGAGGAGGACGGCCGCUACAGAGACCUUCUUCAGGCUGGGGUAGAUGAUGAUCGUGCACUCCAGAUUACCGACGGUCACGAAGACGCCCCAGAUACCGACGUUCCAGACAAUGCUUCAGAUAUCGAUGGUCUAGCCAGCCAGAUGUUCAUGGUUAAGAUACCAGGGUCGUCGGAGCUCGAGGAAGAACUUAUUUUCAUGCCCGUUAUGCGUGUCGACCCAAUCCUGGCAAACGUCCCCGAAAUAGGUGAUCCAUCGCAGCUGUUCGGAGACCUGGAUCUCUUUCAAGAAAUUGUGCAGGAAUAUCAGCUUGCGCGCUACGGAUCAGCCCUUUUCGACUCUCCAGAGGAUCCGAUUGACGACUGUUCUGUUCAAGACGACUUUUCGAAAUCUUGCUCGAGUUUCACGGACGAGCUCAGCUCUGAUACUCCGGACUCUCACGAACUGCACUCAUCGACAGAGGAAUCUCGCCAGGUGCCGGUGCCUAACCGGAAAGGAAAAUGGAGAAUCAAGUCGCUUUCCCGGCGGGCAAUCUCAAAUCUCGCUGAGGUCUUGAAGUGGCGCAAGUUAUCCAACAAAUCGUGA